CCUGCCUAUGAAUCUUCACCCACACAUCCCGAGCACACAGCUGCACCUGCCAACUUCUUCGUCCUUCAUUCUACAUUAUAACUCUUCUCAUGGCAUCUUAUUUGGGCCUCAAGACCUUGGCAGUCAUCCUUGCAGUUACCUUCUUUGUUCAAGGAACUCUCGGAGAAAUAACAUGUGAAAACCUUGACCAAGACACAUGUGCGUACGCUGUAUCGUCGUCGGGCAAGCGCUGUGUGCUGGAGAAGCGUGUGAAAAGGAGCGGCGAGGAGGCGUACACCUGCGGCACAUCUGAAAUCAAAGCCGAUAAAUCGACCAACCACAUCGAAACUGACCAGUGCCUCUCCGACUGUGGCCUUGAGAGAAAAGUUCUCGGCAUCUCCUCCGACUCCCUCCUCGAAUCUAAGUUCACCCAAAAACUCUGCUCCUCUCAGUGCUACGACAACUGCCCCAACAUCGUCGAUCUUUACUUCAAUCUCGCCGCCGGUGAAGGUGUGUUUCUUCCCAAAUUGUGUGAAACAAGAGGGAGAAACGUUCGAAGACAAAUGUCAGAAAUCCAAAGCUCUGGUUUUACUGCAGCUGCACCUGCCCAGGCAGUGAAAUUCUUGUCUGAUCCAGUUGCAGCUGCACCUAGCGUUUGAUCUGAUAGAGCAAUGUGCUCUGGAAUAGCCCUAGUUUUAUACAUAUAGCCGUGUGUAAUUUUAUAAUAAAAUGGUGUUGUAAUGAGAGUUUGACAGAAGAACUUGAGUGCAACUCCAUUAACUUCAAGAUUUUGUCUUCAAAGGUCACUUCCCAGCGAUGGAGCUCCAAUUUUAAUGUAUUUUAGCAAGGUUGCACAGUGUGCCAUAGUUAUCUCUGUUUGUUUUGUUCAUGUAGUUGGCUUGCAAAACUAAGUUAAUAAAAAUUUAAAAUCCUGAAGAGUUUGCUAGUAUUA